AUGGCGUUGAAUAUCUUGAUAGCCGGCGGAGGUAUCGCAGGCUUUUCGGCGGCGAUUGCACUGCGCCGCGCCGGUCACGCCGUUCGGGUUUACGAACGGUCUUCUCUGAACAACGAAGUCGGGGCCGCCAUCCACGUUCCCCCGAAUGCAUCACGGGCCCUCUUGGCCUGGGGCUUGGACCCUGUGGGCGCAAAGUUCGUCACGACCAAGUCGAGCUACCGCGCCUACGCAAAGACUUUGGAGCGAUUCCACGAGGGCACGACUGAAGCUGAGAUUCCUAUCCAGUGCGGUGCCCCUUGGUAUUUGGCACACCGUGUCGAUCUUCAUGAAGAGCUCAAACGGCUGGCAACCGAGCCCGACGGACAAGGUAGCCCUGUUACCGUGCUCCUAAAGUCCGAGGUGGUGAAAUAUAAUCCUGAUGAACCUUCGAUAACACUCGCAAAUGGCGACAAUAUAAAGGGCGAUAUCGUCAUCGCGGCAGAUGGCGUCCAUACCGUCGCCGUUGAGGCGGUAUUGGGAAGACCGAACCCCCCAGAGCCGUCCAAGGACAUGUACAACUUCUGCUACCGGUUCCUCAUCCCGGUCUCAGAUGUCGAGUCGGACCCCUCAACCAGGUUCUUCAACGAAGGAGACGACGGUCGUAUGAAAUUCUUCGUCGGCGAUUUGAAGAGGAUAGUGUCCUACCCUUGCCGGAACAACGAGGUACACAAUUUUGUCGCCAUAUUCCACCAGGAAGAUGUGGAAAUGAUGAAGAAAGAGGACUGGCAAGCUUCAGUGGACAAGUCGAAGCUUCUGGAGAGAUAUUCAGACGUCCACCCUGACCUUUUUGCCGUCAUUAGCAAGGCAACUGAAGUGAAGCAGUGGGCGCUUCUGUUCCGGCAGCCGAUCCCUAGCUGGACGAAGGGUAAUUUGGCGCUGGCCGGCGACGCGGCACAUCCUAUGCUUCCUCAUCAGGGGCAAGGUGGUGCUCAAGGCAUUGAAGAUGGGGUCGUUCUUGGCAUGGUUCUCGUGGGCGCCAGCCGUGAGAACGUGGCCGAGAGGCUGAAGCUCUACGAGAAGAUCAGAAAGAACAGAGCUAGCCUCAUGCAGAUUUUCAGCAAUGCUGGACAGGACGAGCCUGAGUUGAUCCGGAAAGACGCAUCUAGAUUUAUGCCCAUCGAAAAGGUCCCAACAAACCCCGAAGAAUAUUUCAAUCACAAUUUCGGAUACGAUGUGGUCCAGGACACUCUCAACCAUCUGAAAGAUCUCGACCCAUCGUUCGAACUACCUGAGAUGUUCUUUCAAAAGAAGCCGGGAAGGGGCAUGUACCCUUAG